AAAAAAAACUAACACGAAGAAGAAGACGAAGAAGUAGAAGAAGAAGAAAAGAAGAAGGAAAAAAAGAGUAAUGGCGAAGAAUUACAAGAAAUGUUCUGUUGUUGGCUGCAGGGAUGCGCAUAAAUCACUCCUUAACCUCCCAGGAGAACAGGACAGACGAGUAGAGUGGCUCAAAUUCAUUUUUGAUGGAGAUAUCCCAGAUGGCAUCCCAAAAAAGGUAUUAGUAUGUGCCAACCACUUCCAACCUGACUGUUUCAACAACUUGAAACAGUUUACAUUGGGAUUCGCUGGGAGACUUAGCCUGAAAACGGAUGCAGUUCCAACUUUGCGCGGAGAACCAGCGGAGAAGGCGUUUGACAGUAAACAGUUGCCAGCAACAAUAGAUGUUGGAUGUCAGACCGAGCCACCAAAGAAAUGCAGCGUUGGCACACAACUGUCAAUGAGGAGUCUUCAACCACAUUACAAAAGUAGAGUUGUCCAAACUACAAUGUCUUCUGAGGAUUUUGGCAUGUCCACUGCUGCUUUUAAAGAGCCGCUUCAUGUUCUAAGCGCCACACCAAUAGGGCCAGCAUCUAAGAGAUGGCCUCAGGAGGAUGACGAUUCUCUCAUGCACAGCACAGUAAAUGCUUCUGUUGGACUGGACUUAACCUAUGAUUCUGAAAACUCUGUGACAGCUUUGACCGAGUCAACAUCUAUGUCGGAUUCACCAAGUACCUCCACACACGACAUAAUAAAAUACAUCGUCUUCGAGGACUGUCUACUGCAGCUUUUCGAAAUGUGUCCUGUAUGCAAGCAUCCAUGCACUGUUUAAACUAGAGCUGGGCGUUAACAACCUCAUGAUUCGUUUCAAUUUAGAUUCUUUAGGUUGCGAGUCGACUCAAUAUUGAUUCUUUAGCGUUGCAAUUCAAUUCGGUAAUGAUUUAAAUGUUUUGAUAUCGAUUUAGUAAGGAGUAAAAAUAUACAAAUAAAAGUAGAUUUUGACAAUUUUGAAAUAUUUAUUUUUGAUUCCAUGUAAAAAUGUCACUACAUUUUUUAAGCAAUAAAACAUCUGAAAAUAAAAAUUUCCACAUAACUUGUUUGUAUAUAUGCAGUAAAAAAUAUGGCAGUUGUGCAUAAAGACUGAAAAGAUAAAGUGCAUGUAAACUUAAAUGAUUUAUUUGCUCUUAAAAAUUGUAAUAACAAAAUGCACAAUAAUAACUUAUUUGUUCAUAUGGAGUACAAAAGUUAAAACGUGCACCUAUACUUAUUUAUUUGACCUUUUUUUUUUUUUUUUUUUUAAAGUAGGGUUACUAUUAUUAUUUGUAGGGUGUUUAAGUUAAACCUAAUGAAGUAACAUGUUUGCAGCAUUGUGUAACAAGCCAGUACCGGUACUUUGUUAAACCUUCAUCAAACAUUCAUUAAUUGCGUCUGUCAACAAGUUCGCUAUAUUGCGCUCUCUCUGUAUGGCUUCAGUGUAGGGGGCUCUCGUCUGCAGAACAUUUCACACAAUUUCCCGCUCGUUAGAAAUGAAAUGGGAAGUUACGUACGUAGGGGUCAGUCGCUCUUUCUGUCGACUUCAAUGACUCCAAAACCGCUGUAUUAACUCCGUGUACAGUUCCGGGACGGUGACUUCUGGCAUGUUUUCGUGUUGGAAUUGCGUAUUGUGGUUCGAGUGUCUGUUGUUCAUUUCUGUGUUCUGGAUUUACAGGGGAAUCCAAAAUGACCCCAAACAUCAUUUUAAAAGUAGAAGUCGCUCGCUUCACGCUGCUCCUGCAGCCACUAUUUGCUUGAGUAGCCAUUGUUUGGCUUUCGUCCAUACAACGCGAACCACACGCAAAGCGCCUCACAGUGGCCAGGAGUUUAAAUCAAAAGACGAGACAUUUAUCAAAAUACAACUGUGCACCUGUUGUGAGUACUUCCAAAGUUGGAAAAGCCAGCCUCUUAUGGACAACACACCAGCUGGAAACUUGCACUUUUCUGCGGCAGUGUACAUCAGUGGAGCUUCUUUCAUCAAAGGCCAUAGAGUGUUCAAAGCGACGGAUUUGCAAGCUUUUCGGUUCAACACCUUCCGUUGGCAUGCCAGAAUGUUCAUUGAGCUAGCUAUUGUCCACACAUGGAAGAUUAAGCAGGAUGUGAUGCUGCAGCAGCUGCACCAAAAAGAAAAGCUAAGCUUGGUGGUGACAUGAGGGCCGACUCUUCAGGACACUGCAAAAUAUGGAAGUUAUACUUUGAUGGACCUCGAGACAAACACUGUAAUCGAUCAGCAGUUAGUUCAGAGCAACGGGUGUUGGCAGGAGCUACCACAUGGAGAAGAAAUGCCUGUGGAAGAUUCUGAAGCUGUUGAAUGAACAUGGCAUUGCGGUUGAUUAUAUCGUCAACAAUCAUCCUCAAAUUCAGAAUUUUUUUAAGGGACAAUAACAUCACGCAAUUUUGAUGUUUGUCAUAUGGAAAAAGAGACCCCUAUAUUCUAUCACCUGGAGAAGGAGCUGACCAAGAAGACAGUCCUGGAGGACAUUGCAAAGCUCAGACCUCCUCACUCGAGGCAUUCCACAGUGCGAUUCUUAGAUUCCCGCCUAAGAAUGUGAUAUAUCCAUAUAUUGGAAUGUUGUGCAGGUCGGGUCGAGGGGGUAGCAGACUCAGCAGGGAAGCCCAGACUUCCCUCUCCCCAUCCAGCUCUUCCGGGGGGAUCCCGAGGCGUUCCCAGGCCAGCCGAAGGACGGAGUCUCUCCAGCGUGUCCUGGGUCGUCCCUGGGGUCUCCUCCCGGUGGGACGUGCCCGGAUCACCUCACCAGGGAGGCGUCCAGGAGGCAUCCGAAUCAGAUGCACCAGCCACCUCAUCUGGCUCCUCUCGAUGUGGAGGAGCAACGGCUCUACUCUGAUAUCCUCCCGGAUGACCGAGCUUCUCACCCUAUCUCUAAGGGAGAGCCCGGACACCCUGCGGAGGAAACUCAUUUUGGCCGCUAGUAUCCGGGACCUUGUUCUUUCGGUCACAACCCACAGCUUGUGGCCAUAGGUGAGGCUAGGAACGUAGAUCGGCCGGUACAUCAAGAGCUUCGCCUUUUGGCUUAGCUCCUUCUUUACCACAACGGAUCGAUACAAAGUCCGCAUCACUGCAGAUGCUGCACCGAUACGCCUGUCGAUCUCCCGUUCCAUUCGUCCCUCACUCGUGAACAAGACCCCAAGAUACUUGAACUCCUCCACUUGGGGCAGGAUCUUCUCCCCGACCUGCAUAGGGCACGCCACCCUUUUCUGACUGAGGACCAUGGUCUCAGAUUUGGAGGUGCUGAUUCUCAUCCCAGCCACUUCACACUCAGCUGCGAACUGCUCCAGUGAGAGUUGGAGGUCACGGCUUGAUGAAUCCAACAGAACCACAUCGUCUGCAAAAAGCAGGGAUGCAAUACUGAGGCCACCAAACCGGACCCCCUCUACGCCUCGGCUGCGCCUUGAAAUUCUGUCCAUAAAAGGUAUGAACAGAAUCGGUGACAAGGGGCAGCCUUGGCGGAGUCCAACCCUCACCGGAAACGAGUCCGACUUACUGCCGGAUAUGCGGACCAAACUCUGACUCCGGUCGUACAGGGACCGAACAGCCCAUAUCAGGGUUCGGUACCCCAUACUCCCGAAGCACCCCCCGAGGGACACUGUCGCACCGAUCCACCUGUUGAUCUCCCAUUCCAUUCUUCCCUCACUCGUGAACAAGUCCCCAAAAUACUUGAACUCCUCUACUCGGGGCAUGAUCUCAUCCCUGACCUAGAGAGGGCAUGUCACCCUUUUCAUAGUCUCAGAUUAGGAGGUACUGAUUUUCAUCCCAGCCGCUUCACACUCUGCUGCGAACCGCUCCAGAGAGAGUUGGCGAUCACGGCUUGAUGAAGCCAACAGAACCACAUCAUCUGCAAAAAGCAGAGAUGCAAUACUGAGGCCACCAAACCGGACCCCCUCUAUGCCUCGGCUGCACCUAGAAAUUCUGUCCAGAAAAGCAAUGAACAGAAUCGGUGACAAGGGGCAGCCUUGGCGGAGUCCAACCCUCACCGGAAACGAGUCUGACUUACUGCCGGAUAUGCGGAACAAACUCUGACUCCGGUCGUACAGGGACCGAACAGCCCAUAUCAGGGUUCGGUACCCCAUACUCCCGAAGCACCCCCCGAGGGACACGGUCGAACACCUUCUCCAAGUCCACAAAACACAUGUAGACUGGUUGGGCGAACUCCCAUGCACCCUCGAGGACCCUGCCGAGGGUGUAGAGCUGGUCCACUGUUCCACGGCCAGGACGAGAACCACACUGCUCAACCUGAAUCUGAGGUUCAACUUCCUGGCGGACCCUCCUCUCCAGCACCCCUGAAUAGACCUUACCAGGGAGGCUGAGGACUGUGAUCCCCCUGUAGUUGGAAGACACCCUCUGGUCCCCCUUUUUAAGAAGGGGGACCACCACCCCAGCCUGCCAAUCCAGAGGCACUGUCCCCGAUGUCCACGCGAAGUUGCAGAGGCAUGUCAACUCGGACAGCCCUACAAUAUCCAGAGCCUUUAGGAACUCCGGGCGAAUCUCAUUCACUCCCGGGGCCUUGCCACCGAGGAGCUUUUUAACCACCUCGGUGAGAGCCUGCCUCAGAGAACCCAGACUCUGCUCCCUCAUGGAAAGGUGUGUCGGUGGAAUUGAGGAGGUCUUCGAAGUAUUCUCCCCACACAACGCUCACAACGUCCCCCCCAACCGAAGGCGGAGGGAGGCUACCCUCUCGUCCACCGGGGUGAACCCCAACGUACAGGCGCAGAGCCGGGGGGGCAAUAAGUAUACCCACACCUGCUCUGUGCCUCUCACCGUGGGCAACUCCAGAGUGGAAGACAGUCCAAUCCCUCUCGAGAGGACUGAUACCAGAGCCCAAGCUAUGUGUGGAGGAGAGUCCGACUAUAUCUAGUCGGAAAUUCUCGACCUCACACACCAUCUUGGGCUCCUUCCCUGCCAGAGAGGUGACAUUCCACGUCCCUAAAGCCAGCUUCUGAAGCCGGGGAUUGGAUCGCAAAAGUCCCCGCCUUCGGCCACCACCCAGCUUGCACUGCACCCGACCCCUAUGUCCCUUACAACAGAUGGUGAGCCCAUGGGAAGGGGGACCCACGUUACCCUUUUGGGCUCUGCCCGGCCACCAGGCUGUCGCCUUCGAACCCCACCUCCAGGCCUGGCUCCAGAGGGGGGCCCCGGUGACCCGCAUCCGGGCAAGGGAAACCUGAGUCCAUUGUUUGUCGUCAUCAUAAGGGGUCUUUGAGCCGUGCUUUGUCUGGUCCCUUACCUCGGAACUGUUUGCCAUGGCUGACCCUGCCAGGGACAUAAAGCCCCAGACAACUUAGCUCCUAGGAUCAUUGGGACACACAAACCCCUCCACCACGAUAAGGGUCGCGGGCGUGCUGGAGCCUAUCCCAGCUGUCAUCGGGCAGGAGGCGGGGUACACCCUGAACUGGUUGCCAGAUGCUGUGAGAAAAGUCUGCCCCCUGGUGGCCAUUAAUGUGUGCGUGCAUGUGCGUGUUGGGAGUGGAAGCACCACAACUGAGUGGACUUUGGUCUUUCAACCUGCAUGAACAGAAGAACUUCAACUCUGUACAACUUGUUACAAGUAUGGAUCCUAGUAUGCUCCUGUCUGUGGUGGUAGCUGUGUGUGUAGUGGUUGUAAGUUUACUGUACUUGUUAAUGCGGGGCUCUGAAAACAAGAAGAAACUGCCUGUCACCCUGCAAGACCCUGUGGUUAAAUAUCCUCUAAAGCUUAUCGAUAAAAAGGAAAUUAGUCAUGACACAAAGAAAUUUCGCUUUGGCCUUCCCUCUUCAGAUCAUAUCCUUGGACUGCCACUAGGUCAGCACGUGUAUCUCUCAGCCAAGGUGAAUGGCAGCCUCGUUGUCAGAGCCUACACGCCUGUCUCCAGUGAUGACCAACAAGGAUAUGUUGACCUUGUUGUCAAGGUGUGCUAUAAGAACACUCGCCCCUCAUUCCCAGAGGAAAGGAAAAUGUCGCAGUAUCUGGACAAUAUGGCUGGUGGAGACGUAAUUGACUUCAGGGGACCCAAUGGACUGCUAGUGUAUAGGGGCAAGGGUCAGUUUUCUAUCCGACCGGACAAGAAGUCAGAACCAAGGAGUUUGAAGUCCAAACACAUUGGCAUGAUCGCUGGAGGAACAGGUAUCACACCAAUGUUGCAGUUAAUUCGGACAAUCACAAUCGACCCCAGUGACAACACGAUGUGCCAUCUCAUUUUUGCAAACCAGACAGAGAAAGAUAUUCUACUCAGGGAGGAACUUCAUGAGAUGGAGAAAAUAUAUCCUGACAAGCUGAAGCUCUGGUUUACACUGGACAAACCUACUGAGGGUUGGAAGUACAGUUCCGGGUUUGUGACCUCUACCAUGAUCAAGGCUCACCUCCCUGCUCCGUCCUCAGACGUGCUUGUUGUUCUGUGCGGUCCUCCUCCAAUGAUUCAGCAUGCAUGUUUGCCAAAUCUGGAUAAACUGGGAUACAAGACAGAACACAUCUUUGCAUACUAAUGUUGAGAUUAGUAAAUUCCUUUAAUAAUACUGUUUUUUUUGUUCAAAAACUUUUAAAUUACAAUAAAAAAGUUGAUUUGUUUUA